UUAGAAAUGUUCUGUAAAAAUGAAUUUCCUAUAUAGAAAUAGCCAUUUUAUGUGCAUUAUCUUACUAUAAGCAAAAAUAAAAUCUUCUCUAUGUUCACUGCUUUACUAUAUUAAUUCAAAGAAGGAUAAGAUAGAGUUUUUGAAGUAUUCAGCCAUUUGGAACAGUUGUUUUUCAGUGUCCAAGUCUGUUUCUCUCCAUUCAUGAGAGUUCUCUGUUUUUAACCUUACAAAUUAUCUCAAAGGAAUAUUUAAAUGGAGGACCUUGAAAGUCAAGGCAUCUGUCUUUAUAUAUUGUCAUAUCUCUUUAACAAGUUGCUGCCCCUUCCAUUUUUCUGGAGACCAUUGUGAUGAAAGCCACGCUAUUCUAGUGAGCUAAAUAAUGAUAGUCACUGCCAGAACCAUCUGCCAUGGCUCUUUAGAACUCCUGGGAACAAGUUAGUCUGAUUUAGCUCUAAGCACAGUGAACUCUUUUGUGUUGAUUCCUAACCUGCUCACUCCAGUAUGGUGCUGGAUCUGUGUGAGUUCAGUGCUGAUUUCCAAGUGUGUGGGAGAUGGGCAGUAGGUUGUAAGGGAUAGCUUCAGGAUUGCUGUGGGCUAUCUCAGAAACCACUGCAAAGUUAAUACUCCACCCCGUAGGAAACAAGAGCUUGUUCACUGUCUUACUGCAGAACCCAUUACUUAAGCUUGUAAGAGGUCUGACGACUGGAAAUAAUGACCGAUAAUGCAUUCAACGUUCAGUAAUACAUUCAAACAUAGUAUUUACGUUUAACUGUGUAAGGCUUGGGGUUUUGUCUUCAAUUUCAUCCUUAGAAUAUAUGAAAGAACUGCUGUAGUAUAUAGGAAUAUUACGGUUCAUGUGUACAUCACAGGAUAAAAAGAGUAGGGGAGAUUAAGAUGAAUCUUUGACCUGAAUGUUGUUUCCUUAUGCCUGGAAUGAUGACAAGCAUAUUCUCUGGUAGUAUUUUACUCACGUAAGUGGGAAUAAACCGUUAUGAGCCAGCCUAACCCCAAACUAAUAAACUUAACCAUUAUGAACUAUACUACUGUGCCAAUAAGGGAAGAAAGUGCCCUUUUCUCUUCCGCUUGUGAAUUCAGACAGUAAAGGGUUAGGCUUUGUAGAAUAGCAAAAAGCAACUAGGUAUGAGCGCACAGUGGAAGUGGAGUGCAACUGGACAGUGGGGCUGAGCAGAAGGGAAUCAUGUCUCUGGUGUAGGAGGCAGUUGAAUAAGUAUGUCCUAGAAGGACCAUUUCCACUAUUCAAGACACCCCCUUAUUAUUAGUUUUAUAAUUUUUUUAACCACAUAUAUCUCCAUAAAUGCAGGUUAUGUAGUAAGUUCCCAAAGAAGGAAAGCCAUUCUGUAGUCAUUUUUUAUUUUAGUUGAUCAAAACUCCGAGUCACUCAAAAGAUUUCUUUUUAAAAGCAAAUUGACUUAUUUGUUUUAUGUAUAUGAAUACACCAUAGCUGUCUUCAGAUACCCCAGAAGAGGGCAUCAGCUCCCAUUACAGAUGGUUGUGAGCCACCAUGUGGUUGCUGGGAAUUGAACUCGGACGUCUGGAAGAACAGUCAGUGCUCUUAGCUACUAAGCCAUCUCUCCACCCAAGAUUUCUUCUUUGUACUGGUUCCUUAAAUAUAAUUUUAUUUUAUGUUCUAGUAAAAUCUCUAAAGAUUGUCUCUUCAAAUAGAAUGAAGGCAAAAGAUCAGGGACACAGACAUGAAGCUGAGCAUAUGUAACACCGUGAUCUGUGAAGUUAAUUAUUUACUCAUGAGAGGUAUAUGAUUGUCCACACACAGCUCCAGGAGUCCCUCCUCAGAAGCUGCCUGUUUGCCAUCUGAACAGGGGUGCUGCUUACUACAGCUUUGUCUGUUUUCUGUCCUUUGAUGCCCUCUGCUCACUGUUCAUGAUUGUUCUCGUUUGCAUUGCUCUGGGUUCCAUUUUGGUGAAAAGUAACUCCCGUGGAUAAAUGUUGAUACCAUUUUACACUUGAGAGAUACAGGGGGAAGAGUUGUGUCUCUGUGCCCUGUUGUGGUCACAACUCUACACUCAGUAUGAAUUCUCCUGAGAUUUUCAAGUGCUAGGGGUGUGCUAAGAUUCCCGUUUUCCUGUGACCAUGGUCAGCUUGUGUUCAGAAGCCUUCAGAACCACCACUCAUAUUCUAUACGUACUUGACAGAAACUUAACUGAAUCAAAAAUCAGUUCACUUGAAGCACUUUGUCUUCUCUGAUGCAUUCUUUCCCCAACCAAGACUCUGGUAUUGAGUUGAAUCAGAAACUCUGAAUUUAAAGGUAAGGAGAUCUGCCAGUGCCUUGACUCUGGAUAGCACAGUUUUUAUUCAUCGGUCCAUAGUGUUUAUAAGUAAUGGGUUACUGUAGAAUGCUGGAGAAAUUGGAUGUUGCAGCCUUUUUCUUUGAAGAACAACAACUCCCUGUUUCUGCUUGCUCUUUUUCUUGCCUGAUCUUAAUAAAUAAGGCAUUCGAGCUGCCAGGAACAGACAUUGUCAUUCAGUUUAGAGGUCUUUGCUGAACAGGGGACAACAUGUCGAACAAUUGGCUGUGACAUCUUAAGGGCAGUUUGAAAAGGCUGUGCAGUCCGCUAUCCCUGCUUACUACUUCAGCUAUCUGAAGACUUGAAGUACUGCUACUUUUCUUUUCCCUAAAAUACUUCAAAUGAGUUUGUAUAACUGAUUUGACUUUUGAGUCAGAACCAAACCAAAAUGUUUGGUUCCGUACGUAAAUAGUUUCCUUUUUCAAGAACACCUAGAAUACUAAAUGCCUAGUAAAUAAAUGAAAUGGGAUUUAUAAAGAGGUGUGCUGGGCUGGAGAGAUGGCUCAGUGGUUAAGAGCACCGACUGUUCUUCUAAAGGUCCUGAGUUCAAAUCCUAGCAACCACAUGGUGGCUCACAACUAUCUAUAAUAAGAUCUGAUGCCCUCUGCUGGUGUGUCUGGAGACAGCUACAAUGUGUAUAAUAAAUAAAUAAACCUUAAAAAAAGAACAUUUAAAAAAAGGGGGGGGUUGGGGAUUUAGCUCAGUGGUAGAGCGCUUGCAAGUCCCCAGCUCUGAAAAAGAAAAAAAAUAAAAAAAAAAAAUUUAAAGCAAGAGGUGUGCUGCGGUGUGCAUAUGAAGAGCCACAAAGAACCCCCACCUAUAUGAAAACAGAUGCAGGUUAGGGUAUGGAGUCCAGAGCAGGAGGCAGGUGCUGCCUGUGGGGCAGGGAAAGCAGUCCGGCACAGAACCUGCUUUCCGAGAGUUCCUAGUGAACGCUUCUCGUGUGUGUUGUCUCAGAGAACAGAAAAGCAGCAGAACAGGGAGUGCGGCACACGUAGUGUGCUUGCUGUAGUGAAUCUCCAACAGGGCUAGAAUUGGAGACUCUUAACAACUUAAGAGUUAACAACUUUAUUAUAUAUGCAUACAUAUAUAUCAUACAUACAACAUCUAUAUUAUACAUAUUAACAAAUAUCAUGAGGUUUCUUUGGAGCCUUUUGCCACACUUGAAAUCCAAUGAAAUGUUCCAUACUUCCCUACGGUGGUAAGCACCACAUCAUUUUACUUUUAGCUAUUUGCCUGCCCAUAACUGCUAACAUUUUUACAAUAUGUCUUUAGUAUUCUAGAUUUAUUUUUCCCAAUUUUUAUGAAAAUAGCAUUCAGUAAAUGAUUGAUGAUCAUUUUUGUAGGUAAAUUAGCAAAAAAGGUCAAACUCCGCCCCAUUAGAGUCUGCCAUUCUCAUAGCCAUCUCCAGAAGAAAGCCCAGGAGCUGUUACUGUCAUCAAAAGAAAAAGAACUAAUGUCCCUUGAAGCAGCAUUUGCAAGACCAUGCAGACCUUCCAUGCCUCAGUGGAGCUUCUUGGGGCUGGCCUUGAUGACACUGCUUUAGUUUGCUCACCUUGUUUGUCAAGUGCUAGAGCAUUUAAAAGCAGAAGUCAGGUUUCCGUAUAGUUCUCCUUAGGAGAAAAAUCCCGCCAAUUAUAUCAUCAGCCUUCCUCCCUUCCCCAGAAGAACAUCUUACAGUGAAUAGCUGCAAAUUUUAUUUGACAUUGAAAUUUUAAUUAAAUAUUGGUCCUGGAAAGUCUGACUUUCUUGUUGCUCUAACAUACUGUGACUUAGGACAGCUUCUCAGUAAGUUUCCCAGAAGGUGUAAUAGUGUAACAUUUAAGUGUAGACUUUUUGUCUUCAUCUAUGUUAAAGAUGUAUAAAAGGGUAGAAAGGAUUUGAAGUUCUGUGGGUUUAGUCUCUGUCUUAUAUUACAUUUUCUUAGAUAGCUUUAAACAAAAGACAUUUGAAAAUUCUAACACCCAGUAAACAUCUGUAAGAAAAAAACAAGGCCAGAGUGUGCAUUUCAAGGGAGGCCAUAUAGACUUAUGGAGAGAAACUCUCAACGUAGAACCAUGCCCCAUCAAAAUGGCAAAAAUAACACAAACAGAAAAUACCAUGUGCUACUUAGAAUCUAGACCAAAGAAACAGUACAUAUGACUGUUGACUGUAUAAACAGGGAUGUUUACUUUGGAGACUCUUUGAAAGGUUCAGAGUCAAACAAUGCUCUGUGACCCAACAAUCCUGAACAGAAGUGUAGUCCAGAAAUGGUCACUGAGGAACCUGUACAAAACUGCAUGUAACUGCACUGCUUUUGAAAGGUAAAAUUUAGAAACCACCCAAAUAUCUGUCAAUAGCAGAAUGGACACAUUUUGAUUUGUUUGCAUAGUGGAAUUCUAUACAACAAUGAAAAUGAACAAUCUAUGCCUUACACAACAACAACAGCAGCAACAACAACAGAAUACAAGGAGGGCUGCAUAAAGCCUCAGAGGACGACCGACCUCUGCUUGUCGGGCGGGAUCGUUAUUCUGCCACUGUGCUUCAUAUUCCUGGACAUUGGCGUUCAGGCGAUUUUCUUGUCUCUGCCUGUCAUUUCACUGUAGGGAGUUAGGAGUAUAUAUAUGUUCUGCCACGUGUGGCUUUUACCUACUGAGCCAUCUCUCUGGACCCUAUAUUAAUUUUAUAUUGUCAUAUAAUCAUAUACUAAGCUUAGCAAUACCUAUUUACCUUUAUUAUUUCCCAGACUAGAAGCCCAGAUAGAGUCUAGCUUAUUCUCUGCUGAGAAGAUUACAAGGCCAAACUAAGAAGUAAAGCAGGUUGUGUUCUCUUCCCAGCUAGAUGCUCAGUCUCCUCAGUACCUUGAAGCCUGUUGAAUCUAGCUCUGAAAUCUAUGGACAUUUUUGCUGGCUGUUAGGAAAGGGUCAUCAUUAUUUGCUCCUGAAGCCACCUUUACAUUCUGUUCUCACACCUGCAUCACAGCCUGGCAACGUCUUUAAAGUCACCAAAAUAUCUUACUAUAUUGAACUGUCAUGGGGUAGAGUAUGUAACAUCUGCAAUCUAAGAGUAACUACACCACUACUUUUGCCAUGUAAUGAGUCAUCGCGGUUCUGAUUUGUGUUUCCCUGAUAGUGGUGUGGCUGGAUACUGUUUUGAAUACCUAUUGGCCUUUCCUCCCCUUUUAUCUGUUAGCCCAUGCGUACCCAUGUGUGUGCAGAGAUGCAUGUACCCAUGAGUGUAUAUGUAGAAACUAGAAGUUGACAUUGGGUGUUUUCCUGUAUUGUUCUUUGUUACCGUCAGUUUCUGUGUGGGUUAUGCAUGUCUGCUGGUGUGCGUGGAUCUAUGGAGGCUAAAGUGUAACAUCAGUAUCUCUCUUUGCUCUUCUUCCCUUUUCUUUAUGCCAGUGAUCUCUCCCCGAACCUGGAGCUCACCUGUCCAGCUAGCUGGUGUCUAGCUGGUGAACACAUCUUAAAGACCUGCCUGUAUGUCUUUAUAGCACUAAGACUACAGGGUGGGCUGUUGUGCCCGUCUUUUUACAUGAGUGCUGGAUCUGAACUCAGGUCCUCAUGCUUGCACAGCAAGUCAGCCCAUCUCCCUAGCCCUACUACUAGCCACGUAUAUGUCUUUUGAGAAAUGUUCAUGCAGGCUCUUUGCCAAUUUUGAAUCAGUUUAUUCCAGUUUUGUUGUUGAGUUUUGUGAUUGUUUUUGAAUAUUAACCCUUUCCAGAUAUUUAGUUGGCAAAUAUUUUCUCACAAUAGAUAGAUUGUCUUUUCACUUUCAGCUGUCUCUUUGCCUGCCCAUAACUUUCUCUUGGUAUCACAGGUCUAAAAUGGAUUUUUCCCCCUUAAAAUUGUAUACUAUUAGAUUUUCUCCUCUAAAUAUGUUGUAUACCAUUACUUUAAAUAUGCCACUUACAACAAUGGUAAAAUGGACACUGGUUUCCAUCUUUGAGGUUGGUGAUGGAAAAUUUAUGAAACAUAGCAAAGAACAGCCUCCUAAGUGUCUUUAGGUCAAACAUCCUUAUUAGACACAGAAAUACACUUAUCCAUUCAUUCAAAACAAAGCUGUACAUGUGACUAACUAUAUGUAGUAGUAAUGAUUAAUGAAUUUCUGUGGGUAAGACUCAAGGAAAAACAAUGUAACUUUAAAUUCAGUUUGACUUUUAUUAUUUUUACAUUAAAAACUAGGUGUUCUGGCUGCUUGUUAUUUGCAACUGACUUCAACUUUAGUCAAAUCAUUAAGGAAGCAAAAUACUUUAAUUCACAAAUAGAGACUAUUCACCUUUUCUGUGUAUACCUCAUCCUAAAUAGCUGAAAAAAAUGCUAUUUUUAAAAACCCUCUAUUAUAGAAAGGAUAUGGAUUUUCUCUGGAGUAGAACACCUACACUCCCCUUCACAGUCAGUAUGAUUUCAUCAUUUAAAUCUUGGCUUUCCUGUUUGUGGAUGAAGACAUGUUGAGUCAGCCUCCUGCAUUGUCAUAAGGAGUUCUGAGGUUAAACAUGGGAAUGAGCAUCUGACCUGUUUACUUUAAGUGACACAAUCACUUCAAAUACUGUUUGGCCUCGAGAUAGUUAGAGGAGAUAUUAUCCUAUUUUCAGGUUUUUAAUAGUCAUAAUGACGUAGAUACUCCUGUUUAUUUACACACUCAGUAAAUAUUAAGUAGCUACUAUUCACUUUAUAUUGAAUGGUAAAUCUUAUACUUCAAGAAUUGUAUAUUAUUUGUGUAAUUGAUUGGAAAGUUUAAUUUUAUUUUAGGGAAAAAAUUUAAAAUUAUAUAUUAGCCACUUCCUAGGAUGCUUUGGAGAAGAGUUUUCUGUUAAUUAACUAUAGUUUCCUUUUAAUUUUUUUUCUUCAAAGUGUAGCUUAAAAGAAUCCGAUCACCUUCACUCUGAGGCUGCCCUCAGCUUCCUUAAAUAAAGUCAGCCUUUUUUAGUAUUUAUGUUCUAUCUUACCUGUUUUGUUUCCUCCUAUGUAAAGUCAUAUCAGGGAAGGCUAUCAGAGCAUCCUAUGUAUAGAUGUGCCUUCAUGGCAAGGCUGCAGCUCCUGUUAGUACUAAUAUCCUGUUCCUCUGUGGCUUUGCUGUCUGAAUCCAAGUAAGAGAAAGUUCAUCUUAGCCUCAUGAAUUUCAUCAGCUGUAAAUACAGAAGGAAACUGGGGAGCACGUGACAUAGUGAGAGAGGCGUGGCGUGCAAAGGACUUGAGCUGGGGUGUGUGGGUAGAGUGAACUGGCUCCUACAAGUUGUCCUUGAGCUGUCACCUCAUGCGCAUGCACGUGUACAAGCACACCAAAGCAAAUAAAUAAAAACUUUAAAAUUUAGUCUCUUAAAAAUGUUUAAAAAAUUACAGUUUUGCACUCAAUUUAAGCUUCUUAGGGAAGAAUUUUGUACCUAGCCAAAGCAGUAGCAUCAAGGUGGAGGUGUAGCCACCAUCUUGUGGUCAGUCUUCUCGGAGACGGUUGCUCUUGUAGCUCUCUAUCACAAGAGUGCACUGAACAUGAGUAUAUUCAGAAAUCCCUCAAAAUGUAAAACAUUACUUAGACAUAUAUAAUUUGAAGCAUUAUUUAGACAUACACACACACACUAUAACUUAUACUUGUAUUCAGUUUUUAAUGAUUUUAUAAGAUAAUUGGAUUUUUAUUUUAUACCUAUAUACUUUAAUUUAUAUUUGUAUUCAGUUUUUAAUGAUUUUUAUAAGAAAAUUGGAUUUUAUAAGUGUAGGUAUUUUUCUUGUAUGUAUGUCUUGCUCACCAUGCAAUGCCAGCUGCCUGCAGAAGCCAGAAGAGGGCACGAUAUUCUCUGGGACUGGAGUUAAAAACAGUUAUGAGCCUCCACGUGGUAGGCAAUUGAACCCAGGUCCUUUGGAAGAGCAGCCUCUGCUCUUAGUUGCUGAGCCAUCUCUCCAUUUCCAGAUAAUUUGUUUUCAAGCAAAAGUCUAUGAUACAAAGUAAAAUUCAUGGAACACUAUACACAUAGUGGCAUCUUUAAUUUUAUUCUUAAAAUACCAAUGAAUGCCAAUGUUAAAUUUCAUUAUUAUUAUUAUUAUUAUUAUUAUUAUUAUUAUUAUUAUUAUUUAUGUGAGAGAUUUUCCUUUGUUUAAGAAACUUCCCUGAAAAUAGUUUAUGGCUAAGGACAUAAUGUCUCUAACUUCCAUAAAUGAUUUCCAAAUGCACAUAUAUGAUACAUACACAGAAACUGAGGAAACAAAGGUAGAAGCAUGUAGAUAGCUGGUGAGUCUUUAAGAGGGGUUUCAGCAAAUGAAACUCAAGAUGGAUGAUCAAAAUGUGAAUGCUUCACUCCUUCUUUAAAAGGGGAACAAGAAUACCCUUGGCAGGGAAUAGAGAGGCAAAGAUUAAAACAGAGACUGAAGGAACACCCAUUCAGAGCCUGCCCCACAUGUGGCCCAUACAUAUACAGCCAUCCAAUUAGACAAGAUAGAUGAAGCAAAGAAGUGCAGACCGACAGGAGCCGGAUGUAGAUCGCUCCUGAGAGACACAGCCAGAAUACAGCAAAUACAGAGGUGAAUGCCAGCAGCAAACCACUGAACUGAGAACAGGAUCCCCAUUGAAGGAAUCAGAGAAAGAACUGGAAGAGCUUGAAGGGGCUCGAGACCCCAUAUGUACAACAAUGCCAAGCAACCAGAGCUUCCAGGGACUAAGCCACUACCUAAAGACUAUAUAUGGACUGACCCUGGACUCUGACCUCAUAGGUAGCAAUGAAUAUCCUAGUAAGAGCACCAGUGGAAAGGGAAGCCCUGGGUCCUGCUAAGACUGAACCCCCAGUGAACUAGACUGUUGUGGGGAGGGCGGCAAUGGGGGGAGGGUUGGGAGGGGAACACCCAUAAGGAAGGGGAGGGGGGAGGGGGAUGUUUGCCCAGAAACCAGGAAAGGGAAUAACACUCGAAAUGUAUAUAAGAAAUACUCAAGUUAAUAAAAAAAAAAGAAAGAAAGAAAGAAAAAAGAAAAGAAAAACAAAAAAAGAAAAAAAAAAGGGGUUUCAGUACACUAGUCUUGGGCCUAUCGUUACAUGUGAACUACAUAGAAAUACAGUCUUUCUGCUGCUUUGCCCACUUAGACGUUACUUUAGGAAGAUGAUCUGCCAUCUGUUACCGGCCACCGCUCAUCAUUACUUAGUGUUCACCUUUACCCAUGUGGAGAAGAACACAAAAUGGAAAAAGAAACUGAGUCAGAGAAUUUAGUUUCCUUAAGAAAAAUGAAUCCCAAAAGAUUGAGGAGGAAAAAUAAAAAUGAAUGAUCGUUAGAUGGGAAGAUAAAGCUUAAUAAAAGACAAAGAACAUCUUAUUUUGAUAUUCUACUAAAAUGCAGGCCUCCACAUAAAAACUUAUGUACAGUUUUUCAUGACAUCAUUGUUUGUAAUAUUGGUAAGCAUAAACUACCCAAAUACACAUGAGCAGGAAGUAAUACAGUACCAUACUUGCAAAGUAUGGAUGGCCUCAACCAUAAGAAAACAAGCACAGACUUACUCUCUGAAGUCCAAACUAGGCAAUAGCUUAGUAAUGACAGGCGCUCAGGAGUCCAGACCAGAAUGGAGUGACCGACAGUGAUAGAGGUUCUUAUGGAGGCAGCAGAAAAGUUCUGGAAUUAAGUAAUAGUGAGGGCUGCACAUCUUUUUGAUUGUUCUAAAAAUACUCUAAAACUGAGGGAAUUAGUGUGAAAUGUGUUUAGUCUAAGGCACUGGGUUCAAUGCCUAGCACCAAACAAAAUAACAACUUAGCUCAAGAGGAAUAAUGUUGAUGGUAUGUGAGCUGUAUUUCCUAAGAGCUCUCACAACAAGACAGUCUCAUGUAGCCCAGCAACCCCCAGAAUUGUCCCUUUAACUAAGGCAAAGUGCCAAAGACCUUGAAAGUUUACAUGGUGAAGGAUCCAGUUACCAUGGACCUGACCACCUUCUACUUUCUUCCUAUUCCAGUGUAGCUGUGCCACCUUCUUCUUCCUGCUGCUAAGCUUAACUGGCCCUUGCUUCUUCCUGAGAGCGACUACUCUCACGCUGUCGCCACCUGGUGGUGUGGCUGACUAACUACCUGCUGUAUAAUUAACUCACUUCUUUGUUUUCUUUUUUGUGCUGUUUACCAUGAAAUAUAGUGUGCACUCUGCUUUUUAACCUUGCCUGUUAUUUACUACACUAACAGACACUGUGAGCCCCUUAGGGCCAGAGAUUUUGACUGUCUUGUUUGCAGCUGUCUCUAUCUCAGGGCUUAAAAUAGUGCUUGGCUUAUAUCAGCAUGAAUGUAGAAUGAAUCUAAACAUGUAAGUACAGGCAGCUGUGAUGAAAUAUGGGAAUAUCAAGUAAUUGAGGGAACAGUGUCUUUGGGUAAGUUUUAUUUUUUUAUUUUUAAGGACAAAGGAUGAAUGAAGCCAUGCUUAAGUUAUGACAGUUAAUGGGGGAAACCAGUGUGGGGCUUUACAUAUGAUAUAGUCUCAACAGAGAAUUUCACUUUGGUCCCUUAUUCACUCAGUUUACAGGAGAGAUUUAUAGAGCAGAAUUGUUUUCCUGAUAUUGUAAGUCUGUACUUUUCUUUGCUUAGGUAAAUAAGAUAUAACUUAAGUCGACUUUAUUUUGAUUGUUCAUAUGAAAAUGUAUGUCAAGGAACUUUCAAUCAAGAAUAUGUGAGAUUAUUUAAUAUUAUCAUCUUUUAUACAAUAAAUACAACCUCACCUUCAGAACCUCACCUUCAGUAAUAUACCAUUGAGUAAACAUGUCCAUGUGCUAGACAUUAAUUUUUUAAUUAAUAAAAUAGGUUUUGCUUCCCAAAGGCAUGAGGUAUAAUGGGAAAAAUCACUAUGUAAACAAGUACUGUGCAGGAACAGGAGCACUUACAGUGAAAAUACGGUAAAUCCGACUGCUAGGUGUAGGGAGAGUCUGAAGUACUAAUUUCAGCUGACUCUCAGUGGGUCAGCUUGCUCGCGCGCUCUCUCUCUCCUCUCUCUCCUCUCUCUCUCUCUCUCUCUCUCUCUCUCUCUCACACACACACACACACACACACACACACACACAGAGAGAGAGAGAGAGACAGAGAGACAGAGAGACAGAGACAUACACACAGAGGCACAUGCAGACAUGCACGCACCCUUUCUUUCUGCCAAAGAAAGACAGCUAUUGACUGGAAGCCCAGAAUUGCCCCCAAGUUCCAACCACCAGCUUGAAUUCUUAUGAAGCGGACUUGUAAUAUCCUUAAUGUUGCUGUUGGCAGUCUGUUACAGAUUCCAUUAUUGUCGAUCAAUGCAGUCGCCAUGUGAGGUGGGGGGAGGAAUGGAGGAGGAGGAGAAAGGAGAGAUGAGAGCUUCCUAUUCACGGAUUUAUCAACCUGCCUUUGCUCACAGGAAAUCCUCCUGGAGGGGGCUGGGAUGCUGCUGAAACAGCCAAGGCAGGAAAGGGCUAGGGAGCUGCAAUUCUGACUGAAAGGAAAUUUGAAAACCUUUCUUUUCAGAACAACAACAACAACAUGCUGAGUUUGUUCUUGUAUCUUUGUUUUUGUUUGAUGAUGUGCUUCACCUAGCUGAUUAGCUAUUGUGCUGCCUGCUUAUCGAAGCUGUUUCCAGUGUAGGACACCCCUCUCCUUUUAUUUUCUUUGAGUGUCUUUAUUCUUUAUUUCCCCAUGCUUUCUCCUGUCAUUAAACACACAUCAUUAUUCAAUUUUGUUCUGGCUUUCUCUUUCAGGCUAAAAGCUGAACAAAAAAGAGCCAGAGAACAAAUCUCUCUUUCCUCUAUCCUACACCCUCUUUUAACCCUUUCUCUUCCCCUUAUCGUUCCACCCCCACUGUUGUGUUAGAUUGAUGUCACAGAGACAGAAUUCAGACUGGAGGAAGGACCACAUUUUCUUUCAUCAUUACAGCCUAACCCACAAUUUUAGUAUUGGACCCCGCCAGCCACCUCCAAGAAUUUAGUCUCUUUAUUCAUUUCUUCCCGCUUUAUCAUUCAGUAAUUGUGUUCUGUAUGGAAAAGUUUUCUGGCUGGAGAAUGAGUCUCCUUUCCCCUGGUGAUGUGUCGGAGUGGUUGGAUAGUGGCACGGAAGAGGAGAAGAGCCUUCUGUCAUUUCUGGAGGUACCAGCAGAAAGGUCCCCCCGCAGACGGAGCAUCUCAGGGACCAGCACAUCAGAGAAACCCAACUCCAUGGACACUGCGAAUACCUCUCCUUUUAAAGUACCAGGCUUCUUCAGCAAGCGCCUGAAAGGUUCCAUCAAGAGGACCAAAAGCCAGUCGAAGCUUGACAGAAACACAAGCUUUCGACUUCCAUCCCUCCGCAAUGCAGACGACAGGUCUCGUGGUCUGCCUAAACUGAAGGAGUCACGUUCCCAUGAGUCCCUGCUGAGCCCAUGCAGUGCGGUGGAGUGUUUGGAUCUUGGGAGAGGAGAGCCGGUCUCAGUGAAGCCACUGCACAGUAGCAUCCUUGGACAAGACUUCUGCUUUGAGGUCACCUACUUAAGUGGAAGUAAAUGCUUUAGCUGUAACUCCGCUUCAGAGAGAGAUAAGUGGAUGGAAAACCUUCGAAGGACAGUUCAGCCAAAUAAGGAUAAUUGUAGACGAGCUGAAAAUGUUCUCCGUUUAUGGAUCAUUGAAGCCAAGGACCUUGCCCCUAAAAAAAAAUAUUUCUGCGAACUGUGCCUUGAUGAUACCCUCUUUGCUCGUACAACCAGCAAGACCAAAGCAGACAAUAUUUUCUGGGGUGAACAUUUUGAAUUCUAUAGCCUUCCGCCUCUUCAUAGCAUCACCGUUCAUAUUUAUAAGGAUGUGGAAAAAAAGAAAAAAAAGGACAAGAAUAAUUAUGUAGGGCUAGUCAACAUCCCCACUGCCAGUGUGACUGGUCGCCAGUUUGUAGAAAAAUGGUACCCAGUGAGUACACCCACACCCAACAAAGGAAAGACAGGAGGACCUUCUAUUCGGAUUAAGUCACGUUUCCAAACUAUCACCAUACUGCCUAUGGAGCAAUACAAAGAGUUUGCAGAAUUCAUCACCAGCAACUACACCAUGCUGUGCUCUGUUCUUGAGCCAGUAAUUAGUGUGCGGAAUAAGGAGGAGUUGGCGUGUGCCUUAGUACACAUUCUUCAAAGUACUGGCAGAGCCAAGGAUUUUCUGACUGACUUAGUGAUGUCAGAGGUAGAUCGUUGUGGAGAGCAUGAUGUCUUGAUCUUCAGAGAAAAUACCAUUGCCACUAAAUCCAUUGAGGAAUACCUCAAGUUGGUGGGACAGCAGUAUCUUCAUGACGCACUCGGGGAGUUCAUCAAAGCCUUGUACGAGUCAGACGAGAACUGUGAGGUGGACCCCAGCAAGUGCUCGUCCAGCGAGCUGACGGACCAUCAGAGCAACCUGAGGAUGUGCUGCGAGCUGGCUUUCUGCAAGAUCAUCAACUCAUACUGUGUCUUCCCUCGUGAGUUGAAAGAAGUGUUUGCAUCGUGGAAGCAGCAGUGCCUGAACCGAGGCAAGCAAGACCUCAGCGAGCGGCUCAUCAGUGCCUCAUUGUUUCUCCGUUUUCUUUGCCCAGCCAUUAUGUCUCCCAGUCUUUUCAACCUGAUGCAGGAGUAUCCUGAUGACCGCACAUCUCGGACACUAACUCUUAUUGCCAAGGUCAUUCAGAACCUGGCCAACUUUGCCAAGUUUGGUAACAAAGAGGAAUACAUGGCAUUCAUGAAUGAUUUUUUAGAACAUGAAUGGGGUGGAAUGAAGCGGUUCCUUUUGGAGAUCUCAAAUCCUGACACCAUCUCAAACACCCCAGGCUUCGAUGGCUACAUUGAUUUGGGCAGAGAGCUGUCAGUUUUACAUUCCUUGCUUUGGGAAGUAGUUUCCCAACUGGAUAAGGGUGAAAAUUCCUUCCUACAGGCAACUGUGGCAAAAUUGGGACCUCUCCCUCGUGUUCUUGCUGAUAUUACCAAGUCUCUGACUAACCCCACGCCAAUACAGCAGCAGCUAAGACGCUUCGCUGAACACAGCUCCAGUCCAAAUGUCAGUGGAAGCCUCUCCUCUGGACUGCAGAAAAUAUUUGAAGACCCCACUGACAGUGAUUUGCAUAAACUAAAGUCUCCAAGCCAGGAUAACACAGACAGCUAUUUCAGAGGAAAGACGCUGUUGUUGGUUCAGCAAGCCUCCUCCCAGAGCAUGACGUACUCUGAAAAGGAUGAAAAGGAAAACAGCCUUCCUAACGGUCGGAGCAUCUCCCUCAUGGACCUCCAGGACACCCACACUGCUCAGGUGGAGCAUGGAUCUGUCAUGCUUGAUGUGCCUAUGCGCCUUGCAGGAAGCCAGCUCUCUAUAACCCAGGUAGCUAGCAUCAAACAGCUUCGGGAAACCCAGAGCACUCCCCAGAGUGCACCUCAAGUGAGAAGACCCCUGCACCCAGCCCUGAACCAGCCAGGAAGUCUCCAGCCCUUGUCAUUCCAGAACCCUGUCUAUCACCUCAACAACCCAGUUCCAGCAAUGCCAAAGGCCUCUGCGGAUUCCAGUUUGGAGAACCUAAGCACUGCCAGUUCUCGAAGCCAAAGCAAUAGUGAAGACUUCAAACUCAGUGGGCCCAGUAAUAGCAGCAUGGAAGAUUUCACCAAAAGAAGCUCACACAGUGAGGACUUCUCCAGGCGGCACACUGCACCAGACAGACACAUACCUCUGGCUCUGCCACGACAAAAUAGUACUGGGCAGUCCCAAAUCCGAAAACUGGACCAAUCUGGGCUGGGUGCCCGAGCCAAAGCACCCCCUUCUCUGCCACACAGUGCUUCCUUGCGUAGCACGGGGAGCAUGUCCGUGGCAUCUGCAGCCCUGGUGGCUGAACCUGUGCAGAAUGGGAGCCGGUCCAGGCAGCAGUCCUCUUCCUCCAGAGAGAGCCCUGUGCCCAAAGUGAGAGCAAUCCAGAGACAACAGACACAACAGGUUCAGUCACCUGUGGACUCUGCCACAAUGUCCCCAGUAGAAAGGACAGCAGCCUGGGUUCUGAACAAUGGACAGUAUGAAGAGGAUGUGGAAGAAACUGAACAAAAUCAAGAUGAAGCCAAGCAUGCUGAAAAGUAUGAACAAGAAAUUAGCAAACUGAAGGAGCGUCUGCGGGUGUCCAGCCGGCGGCUGGAGGAGUAUGAGCGCCGGCUACUGGUUCAGGAGCAGCAGAUGCAGAAGCUGCUGCUGGAGUACAAGGCCCGGCUGGAGGACAGUGAGGAGCGGCUGCGCAGACAGCAGGAGGAGAAGGACAGCCAGAUGAAAAGCAUCAUCAGCAGGCUAAUGGCUGUGGAAGAGGAGUUAAAGAAGGACCACGCUGAGAUGCAGGCAGUUAUUGAUGCAAAGCAGAAGAUAAUUGACGCACAGGUCAUAAAUGGAAAUGAGAUUGUUCAAACAGGAAAAGCGGAUCGUGUCCCUGGAUUCAGCCAACACGAGACUGAUGAGUGCGCUGACACAGGUGAAGGAGCGGUACAGCAUGCAGGUCCGCAAUGGCAUCUCUCCCACCAACCCCACCAAGCUUUCCAUCACGGAGAAUGGUGAAUUCAAAAAUAGCAGCUGCUGAUGGCCUUCGUGACACAGACUGUGGGAGGAGGCAGGAGGAAGUGGCCCAGCUCUCCUGUCCCCAGCCCUUUAACCCUCCAGGUUUACAGAAUGUUGCUUCAAAUGGCGAUGUUGUGAGAAACUCUUACAUGAAGAAAGGAACCUUUUCUUUCAGGGCUUAAAGCAAAGACUUCAAGUUCAAGUUCGAUGCUUUUCCCCAGUGUCUCUAUGUACAUAGGGAAUUUAGUUCUGGGCCAUGUACAGAAAUACCACUGUAAUAUACCAAAAGGAAGUUAAUAAUGUAGAUUGCCUUUUUAAUUAUUGCUAUUUUAUUAUUGUUUUUCUCUUAUUGAAAGCACUGCAGUUAUUAGUGGAGGAAAGGUAGGAGCCGAGUGUGAGUGAAAAAUGAGCCUCUUGGUUCUGUAGCUAAAGUGUAUUGGAUAGGAGCACGUGGAAUGCAAUAGGACCUUGUCUGAUGGACGUUUUCAGGGAUUCAUCUGCCAGUUUAAAGCCCCACCCUGUCCUUACCAUUAGGAAAACAUGCAAAUACCAAGAUCCAUAUGAAACAAUAACUUGCCACUGUCAACCAGGAUGCUCCCGGCAGACUGCAGCCUGGUUUGCAGAGCCACCAUUUCAGAGGACACAGGUAAACGUGACUGACUGUACCAAAACCAGACUAGGAAGGAUUUCUGUUAAACUCCUCUGUCUAUAAUGGACACUUUCUGUCUUAGAUGUGGGACUUUGAUUAUACUUCAACUUUUUUAACUGCUCUUUAGAGUUGACAGAACUAUAAAUACUGUGUCUCCAUCUACUGUCUUCGUGUUCACUUGUCCACUGUCCUCUCCUCCCCAUGACGGGAGCGGGCAGCACCAACAGGACUCACUCUCCCCUGGAGAGUGGCCAUUCAAGUAUACCACUCAUAAGCCAUCUGACUAAACACCCUUUCUUCCACACAGAAAAGGGCUAACUACAAAAGAGCAGGAAUCUCUGAAUAGCCCACUAAAAUUUUUUUUCCUAUUUGUCAGUUGUAUUUUUCCUUAGGAUAAAGGUUUUAUCUACUGUACUAGCAAGUCUGGGGGGAGGGUAAUUCCGCCACCACUUUUAACAUCCGAUUGCUUCCUCCUUCUAUUUAUCCUCUCCAUAAAAUUUGAGAAGCUAUCUAAAACUGAAACGUAUCCCUUAAAAAUGAUGAUUAAUCUUGCCAGAGAAACCAAAGUGUGAGGACGGCACAUUCUGGUGUUAUUCCACCCUCCUGGUAGACUCAGCAAGACUGAUCCAGCUUAUCCUUAAUGAUUCUAAUAGACGACAGAAAAUCUGUGUUUUCUCCAGAGUGCGACAAUGUCAUCUGCAAUGCAGGCUUGAUUCCCAGAGAUGUGGAGAGUUAGCUGCAGGCUAAGCAAAUAUAUAUAUACAUAUAUUCACACAUGUACAUACAAUGUGCACAUCAAAAAUGUUCAUCUUCUGUGCUGUCAGAUAUACAGAGAUAAAUGUUUAAAAGGGUCUUGAAUCUGUUUAAGCAAGACCUACACAGUUUUACAUUGGCAAACAAAACAUCAUUUCUCAAAUAAGUUGAUGUUUUGAUUUUUAUGUUAUAAACUUUAAGAAUUUUUUUUAAGUAAAGGAUUCGGAGGGAGACAUAACGGAGCCAUAUGCAUGGAGUAUGUGUUUCUACAUAGCAGAAAACUUUUUUUUUUUUUUUGGUUCUUUUUUUCCGGAGCUGGGGACUGAACCCAGGGCCUUGCGCUUCCUAGGCAAGCGCUCUACCACUGAGCUAAAUCCCCAGCCCUGAGCUAAAUCCCCAGCCCUGAGCUAAAUCCCCAGCCCCAGAAAACUUUUAAGGAAACAGGAGAACAUAUGUAGUUCCCUCUUAUUUGAACCCCAGGAGUAGAUACCAAGACCUCCUUCCCCCUAAGUCCCAGGCAUGCACUCCAAGUGACACUUGCUCCCCUAUUGACCUUUGGCUCUGACCUUGUACUUCAGCCACCUCACCAGAGCCCUCAACCUGCAGCCUUUGAGAGGGUCUUUUCAUAACUCUUGAAAGCAGGAGCAUGCCACUGUGCUUAGAGCUUCAGGCUCCACACCGACUCGAGCCUUCUCCUGUCCUCAGCAGUUAUUUCACAUCUUAUCUCUUCCCUCCAAGCUGAGGUCACAUGGUGGUUAAAAUUACUUCCUGAAAGAGAAGGUUAUUGAUCCUGUAGUAAUGCCUGUAUUGAGUGAGGGGGGUAUAAACAUAGAUCUUUUCAUGUUUGCAGCCUAGCAGUAUUUUUUUCAUUCUUCAAAACCUUUCAGUACUGCCACACAGAAACUAGUCAAAUCAUUAGUCUUGGUGGCCCAAAGUAUAUAAUGUGGAUAAUGUCUUGCUUCGAGGCUGGGAAGGUCUUCAAGUGCAGGUUAUAGAUUACAGAGAGCUGGUCCAAUAAGGAUAUUAAUGAAUGCAGUACAACUCUUAACACUGUGGAACCUUCUUAGAGCUUGUCUGCAUUAUGAGAUUGAACGUCCAAGACAUUAAGACAUAGUACAAGGUCCUGUAGGUUACCAGGAAUGAAGAGAAAAAUCUAUAGCAGUCAUAAGAGAGUUAGGAGUUGAAAGUUCAGCAUUAUUGCCAGAUAGGAAAUCUUAGAUUAUCCUUUGAGCCUACUCAGUUCUUUAGCCUAUCAGAAAUAUUCUGAGCUGGAGUACAGCUCCGUUGGCAGAGUGCUAACCUAGCAUACCAGAGGCCCUAGGUUCAAACACUAGCAUGGCAUGAAUUGGGACGGUGGCACACAGGCCUGCAAUCCCAGCACUCCAGGGAUAGGAACAGGAGGACUCGGAGCUCCAGGUCAUCCUGCCUUAGAGGUUUCCUGACCAACCUAAGCUACUUGAGACCCUGUCUCAAAAAUGAUAACAAAAUGUUUUUUGAGUAUUUCUUUAGAAAAUGUUGCAAUCCUAUAAAGUUUACUCUGGAAUUUUUUGAGUACAGAAGAGGACAUCAGCAGGCAUUUUCUAUGGUUUUCUUUACCCUCAAUAGGUUUCUUAUCCUGAACAAAAAUCAUUUUGCUUUGCUAGGAGGAAAUGUGUGAUUUUUAAAAAGCUGGUGGGUCUUACGAUCCCUGUGUUUGUCAACAUAUCAUCACAGUAUGAGGUGUGAUUAGGGCAGGCUCAGGUGGAUUUGGAUUUGCAUUCAGUGCUUGUGAAGCUUUUAUCCAAGUGAGGUAGACUCGGCCACUCAUUAUCAAGGACAGUUUCAUAGGACUAGAAAAGGGGCUUCUUGUUUACCUCCUGUGUCACUUGAAGCAAGAAGAUUUCAGAACAGCAAAAAGUCAUUCCCGUAAUACUAGCAUUACUUCAGUGGCUGUCCCCUGUGUCCUGCUUGGGUCUGGGGCAGUCUUUCUUGGAAUGGAAAGUGAGGCCAUAUGCUACUGUAGCUUUUCUUGCUUUUUCACUUAUACUGUGUGUUCUCACUGCCACCUUCUUUUCUCUGCUAUAGAGUUGGACAGUAAAGAAAGCGUGAGUGUUUCUCAGACUAAGUGAACAUUGUGUGUGUGCACUGGGGCUGAGCAUGAUUUCAGAAGCAGUCUGUGCCAGCAGCUCUCCAGAGCCCUGGCUCCCACUGUGUCCAUUUGUCUCCUCAUUCAAUAGACUAAGUAAGCCCCAGGCUGGACCAUAGACUAGCCAUGUCACUGGCCAGUCCAGCAGCUCUCAAGACCAUCUCACAGCUUUACUUCAUUCUCAGCAGCUUUAGGGGCUGUCUCCUGCUGCAGAUGAAGCAGGGUCAAAGGACAGCCUGCUCUAUACCCCUUGACUUUCUUAAGUCAGCAAUGAACUCUCCUGCUUGCCUCAGCAGGAAAAGUCACCUUCCUGCCCCAUACCUGGGAUACCUUUUUAAAUUAUUAUUAUUAUUAUUAUUAUUAUUAUUAUUAUUAUUAUUAUUAUUAUUAAUUUAAAGGACUUUUUUGUUUGUUUUUUGAGACAGGAUUUCUCUUCAUAGCCCUGGCUGUUCUGGAACUGUUCUGUAGACCAGGCUGGCCUUGAACUCAAGAGUUCCACCUGCCUCUGCCCCCAGAGUCCUGGGAUUAAAAGUGCGUGCUACCACUGCCUGGCCAUACAUGUUUCUUAAAGCAAGUAAUGGUUAAGCCCAUUUCAUGUUUGAAUAAUUGUUCUUCUAGAGCAUUCUCCUAUCACUGACCCAUCUAGGAAAGCACUUGAGCUUUGAAAGGACAAGGGUAGUGAAAUUUGCAUGAGAGAGAAUCAGUUUCUUCCAGAAAGAUCCUGAGGAAGACAUUUGAUCCAAUGGAUUUGGUUGCUCAGAAGUUCAACAAACAAGUGGAGUGGCAUCCCCUGGCUCCUCCUAGGAGAUUAUACAUAUAUAAAGACGGCUCCUAAGACAACAUGUAACAUAACCUACAGAAAUACCACUCUUAGGGCAUCCCUUUAAAAAAUGUUAAUCCACUUUAUAAACCAGUAAUUCCUAGACUUUGUUGAGGUUUUGUUUUGUUUUGUUGGUUUUAAGUUUUAUAACAUUCUGUUCUCUUGGAAAUGUACUAUAUGUGUUAUAUGUAUAUAUAAGUUAUAGUGACUUGAACUCUGUUUGGCAUAGGUUGAGAACUAUUGCUGGUAGCAUUGAGUGUGUAGCACAGCCGCUGACUGUCACCAUCUGAGAGCAGGGUACAGAAAGGAGUUUGGUUUCCUCAGCAGUUAAUGCCCAGGUGCUUGAGCAUCAGCCCAGCCAGCCUCGAUGAGUGCAGCCACCCAAGGAGAGGACGAGAGAACUUUGACCCCCUGUUUCAGCACACAGUUUUAAUUUUGUACUCUGUCAUUUUUUUUAUCAAAUGCCCUCACUAUUCCCUAAAAAGUCUUGGAACUGAAAACCAGACUGAACUUUUGGUGCAGUGACAUUUCCACAGCUGUGCUUUAGGGGUUUCUAUCCUCUGCGUGUGGUGCAAGUAUUUAAAACAAAUAGCAUGGAUAUGUCAUUUCCAAACCCGCAAGGGAAAAUUACCAAUUUCCACUUUACUAACAGAUUAAAUGCUAUUGACUGAAUGCCCACCAUCCUACAGGAAAGCCACAGUGAGUGCUGAGGGUGGGCGUGGCUGGUGCUUGGACACUUCUUAGCUGUGUUAGAUCAGCUCAAGCAGCAGCGCUGUUUACCUGGGUCACACCUGGGAGGGACUUAGCUUCCAAAUCUGGUUUUUGCUUUUCAUCUCCAGGGCCUUAAUAAGAGUGUGUUAGUACACAUGACUAUUUUACAGAUAAUUCAAAAUAAUUUAUUUUUUAUUUGAAGAAAGCGGAAAUCCACCUUGAAAAAAACAAAACCCAAGAUUUUAUUUUAUUUUUAAAGCCAUAUUUUUGUGCUUUGUAGCACUUAGAUUGUUCCAUAUGUGAUCCAUAUCUGCAUUUCAUUACCUGGGUUCUAAAAAAGAUUUAUUUUUGUUCUGUGAAUAAUUUUUGACGGUUCUUGUACAUGUACAGAUAUAGAUACGUUUGAGGUCUUUUAUUGAUAUUCCUACAAAAAAUACAAAUAAACUUUAACUUUAAACAUUUCA